GCAGGAGCAAAUCGACGCUCUGUAACAUUCUACUAUCGUAAAACUAAUAGAAUUAUUUAGAGAUAUAAAACUCGAAAUUUGUUCCUCAGCCGUUGUCGACUAAUUUAAUAAGCAGAUAUUUUCUGAGUUGGAUUGUUUUCUAGAAUGGAUCGAGUUUCGUUUAUUUGAUUUCACAGUUAAAUAGAAUGAAGCAUUGGAUAUAGUCGGAUUAACGGAUAUGAAAACUAAAAACAUGGCGUGCAUCGACGAAAAAUUUGAACAGCUAAUGUUAAACCAACCACAGUCAGUUGAACGAAACGAUAGUCUCACCUCAGAUGAUAUACUCGGUCCGAUGUCGCCGUUUUCCGACUCAAACGGCCCAGAUAGCGAUAGGUGCAGUUACCAUGGAGAUAUAAGUGGGCUAGAUGAGGCGUCGUUAGUUGACGUUGAUGGAACAAUCGAAGAUGAUUUAAAACUUUCACGUAGCGAUUCACAACGUCUGCGCCAUCUAUUGGCAACACGGCGAAUAAACAAUGGCGGAACAAGCCCCCGGUCGCCGCGCGCUCCACGCACACAAUUCCCGACACGAUCGCAAUCAUAUAAACGACCAAAAUCACGACCGGCGAAUCUCGAUCUCCAAAUUAAUCUCGAACAGGAGGAAAUGCGACCAAGAACCUCAAGUAUGCCGUCAAGAAACACAUACAAGAAACCGGAUAUGAAUUACCUCCGUGUGGGGAACGCCGAUAGUCCAGGAUCACCGCGAAUGGGUGACUUAUAUCGCGUUCGUAGUUUUAGAACAACAAAACGUGGACAGCUAAUUAACCAUGGGGAUUCAUUUAAAAGAAAAUGGCGAAGCUCAGCAAGCAUUGCAUCCGAGGCAAGCUCCGGAUGUUCAAGUCCGGGAUUCAGGGAUCGCACAGAGAGUAUUAAUUCCCGGGGAAGCACUAUCACGAGCUGCGAAUCACACGGGGAGCCGGAAAUCACCCCCGUGUACCAGGCCCUCAUUCUAGGGGGCUCUAGAGUCGGUAAAUCGGCUCUUGCUCAACAAUUUAUGACGUCAGAGUAUAUGGGGGACUACGACACAUUAAGUGCAGACGAUGUCGCUGAUGUGCAAAAGACAGUGUCAGUUCUAAUAGAUGGCGAUGAAACAAUGAUGGAUGUCAUCGAUCUCAAUACAGAUGAGGAAUAUGCUUCAUAUUCAGACGUAGAUGCUUAUGUUGUGGUGUAUUCUAUAACAGACCGGAAGUCAUAUCAGCACGCCAUUGACCUCCUCCAUGAGAUACGGAUGGAAGCGGGACUUGAAACUGCUAUAAUCCUUGUUGGCAACAAAAGUGAUAUAGUCCGGCAAAGACAAAUAGCUAUAGAAGAAGGGAAAUCAACUGCUCAGACCUACGAUUGUAAAUUCAUCGAAACCUCCGCCGUACUCAAUCACCAAAUUGAUGAUCUCCUAGCGGGAAUAGUGAAACAAAUCAGACUCAAACGGAAAAAAGACGGUAGAAAGAAAAGAGGAGGAUGCCAUAAGGUGGCGAAAGGUCUCAUUGAUAAACUGCUUUUGAAAAGCACACACGUCUCAAAAUCAUGUGACAAUCUAUUUGUGCUGUGAUGUAAGAUAUUUACCUUGACGUCAUACUCUACGUGUUUUGACGUCAUCAUUUUCUGCUGUGAUGUCUUACUUGUAUAACAACAGUGCUCAUGUAAAAAUGUACUAUAGAAACUACACGAUGUCAGUAAAACUGACAAAAUGCACGGAGGGGACCUUCACCUUACAAUGAUUUACGUAUUUCAAAAAAUCUACAAAUCUACAGGUAUUAUUAUAAGUAUUUAUUAAAGUUCCUGUAUACCAUGACUGCUUCUUGUGCUUGGAUCAUUGCGAAAAGUGUAACUUCCAUUCUGCACAAUCGUCUCCUAUAUAUUUUUACAUUAAGUAGAGUAUCACGCAUUUUGCCAUUUAGAAACGCAAUGGAAAAAUGGUAGACACUUUAUAAGUACGAAAUGAAGACAGAGAGUCAACUUUCCCAAUUGGUCACUUGAUCAGUGAACUGGGCCUGCGUAGAUAUUGCAACUGGAUUUGAACGCAGUGUUUACCCUUUUGUGUGACAAAGGAUGUUUAAUUGGAAUACACAAUGUAUAUCUUGAUGCCUGAGUCGCUUUUGCUCCGGCGCCUGGCCGAUUGAGUAUUUUGUUCAAAGGAGGAGGGAAAGUAUCGCAACAGAUUUCGGACAGUCAUAUGUUGGAUUUUGGCUAUUUUCUGAGGAUUU